UUAGAUCGACGGUUGAAGUGAAACAGGAAUUUCUAUGGGCUGAAAUGCCAUUUUCUCUUAAAGGUAUCUGUGACCUUGUUUAGUGUGGUGAAAGAUGAUCCGUAAAUCCUACAUAGUUGAGGAAUCAACUACAGCUAUUCUCUUAUCAAACUUCAGUCAAAUAGAAAUAAUCAACUGACACGCCGACAAGAUAUGGAAACUAAUGAUGUUAAAUCAUUACUUCAGUGUGUUGUGUGUGAUGAGAUCUUUCAAAAACUUGAUGAUUUAGAAAAACACAAUAAAAUACAUGUUAAAGAAGAGAAAACUGAUGAUGUAGAUGAAUACUGUCAUGUUCAUUUUGAAGAAGAUAAAACUUAUGAUGUAGAUGACCAUGUUAAAGAUGAUGUAGAUGAAUAUUGUCAUGUCAAAGAAGAGAAAACUGAUAAUACUGAACCAGUUCAUCAGGGUGAUGAGAGGUUUAAAUCUGACACUGAUUUGAUUAAACAUUGUAAAAUACAUGUUGACAAAGAACAGAAAACUUGUAAUGAUAGUGAAGAUUUGAAUAGUGAUUUAGGCCUACAAUCAGCUGACAGUCAGAGUAGUGAUGUAGGCCUACAAUCAGCUGACAUUCAGGGUAAUGAUGUAGGCCUACAAUCAGCUGACAUCCAGGGUAGUGAUGUAGGCCUACAAUCAGCUGACCGUCAUGCUGUAGCAAACCGUUAUAAAUGUGAAGUUUGUUUCAAAUCUUUUACUCAUAGAUGUAACCUACAGAGACACAUGCGAUGUCACACCGUAGAAAAACCCUAUAAAUGUGGUGUUUGUGAUAAAUCAUUUAACAAGAGUACUGGUCUACUGGAACACAUAAAAAUUCAUACAAGCGUGAAACCAUAUAAAUGUGAUGUUUGUAGUAAAUCAUUUAAUCAGAAUGGUAAUCUACAGGAACACAUGAGAAUUCAUACUGGUGAUAAACCUUAUAAAUGUGAUGUUUGUAGUAAAUCAUUCACUACCAGUAGUAAUCUACAGGGUCAUUUGAGAACCCAUAGUGGUGAAAAACCUUAUGGGUGUCAUGUUUGUGGUAAAUCGUUUGCUGGUAGUAGUACUUUAAAGAAACAUAUGAGAAUUCAUACAGGUGAAAAACCGUAUAAGUGUGAUGUUUGCACUCGAUCUUUUUCCGCAAGUUUUAACCUACGAAGACACACAAAAACUCAUAUCGGAGAGAAAACGUAAUAGAGCACAUAAAAUGACCAAAUAUAGAUGUGCUCAAAAAUCGAUUUUGCUAAUUAUCCAAAACAGUCUCAGUCGUUGUUGUUUGUCAGCUUCACUCUCAGUAUUGUCUGAGAAAGUUCGUUAGGAUUUUCCUGCGUAUUUCCCCCUUUAUUAUUGGUGCAGGACUGGCAAGAGACAAUGUAUACCGAGUAGUCAUUAGGCGUAAGAGAACCUUUCGCAGCUGGAAUUUGAUAUAAGAGUAGGCCAUAGUACCGCUGUCCGAGAAAAAUAUCCCUCAUACAUGUACAUGUAGCACACUGUAUGGAGUUUGCCAUCUUCAUUAGCCCAGUCUGAGCAGAACAGUAGGACGUUAAAUCCCAUGUCAUUUCAAUUCUUGUAUAAAUCAAUCUCAGUCGUUGUUGUUUGUAUUUAUUCUUCCUUCAGCAGCAGUAGCAGCAAUAAGAAAUCUUGAUCAACUAUCUGUCUUGGAGUCUCAAACAGGGGUUUAAAUGGGCUUUAAAAGGGACUUCUCAGAAAAUUAAUUACCCAGUCCGGAAAAGAAAUAUCGUUCUUUUGCCCAAAUACAAAGGGAUAGACAGCGACAGCUGGAAUUUUUUGCAAAGAAGGGUGCCCAAAAAGUACAGGUUUCUGUGACCUCCAGUAAAAAGGAUGCGGGUGUUCAAAAUGUUCGGGAUACUAACGAUGUUUCAGGUUUUAGUGCCAAAUGCACCAGUAGUCAAGACUCAAGAUCACAGAUUUAGACAUUUUAGGCCUUACAGCAGGAAUCCUUUGUACAGGAAUAGAAAUUAUUAUCGUGAAAAUAGUUAUAGAUUAUGUUAUUUUGAAUAAUGGAAAAAUAAGGAUUUUGAUUGUAUUAAUGAUUAAAACACGGGGACAUGUUUUUGUUUGAAAUAAUUUAAAGGUGGAUACACAUGACUAAUGUAUAGGUCAUAUGUUAUUUUAUUAUUGUUUAAUUCUAUUUUUAAUUUCAAAUCUAUAUUUUAACAUUCAUUAAUGCUUGGUUUGUCAUUAGAAGCAGACAACAAUUAAUUUGUCACUCCAUAUAAAUUAUGACAGGCUGGCAACUAGAGUGUUUGAUCUGUUCAGUUUCUUUAACUAUUGUUUUAAAUGGCUUAAGACUUAAUCCUUCAAUAAUUAUAUGCUUAUUUCAACACUUUCAUAGUAACUAAUUUAUAUAAAAAGACAAGUGUAUGUAGGAUGAAUUAUACAGUAGUUGUAGAGACCAACUUAGUUGGAGGACUGAUUUAUAGGAAGUUAUAAGUUAUAAGUUGUUUACUUGUUGCUGUUAUUUAUUUGCUCCUGAAAUAAAGUGUUGAAAAUCUAUUCAAAGAAUCUGUAAUCAUUUCCAAUACUUAGAGAACACACUCCACGCGAUACAUUCCCUGAAAGUCGAACCAUGUUAUGAGCAUGAAAGGGCUACUUAAUAAUAUGAAAUGAAAUGGAGUUUAACGUCCUACUGUUGGGCUAAUGAAGACGGGUAUACGCCAUACAGUGUGCCAUGAGGGAAAUUUUGUCUGGACAGUGCACUACAGCCUACGCUUACAUCGAAUUCCACCUGUCAAGGAAUCUUUUACGUUUAUUCCAAUGUGUACACAGGACCUCGUUUUGUCAUCCCAUCCGAAUGACUACACAGCUAACCUUGUCAGGCCCUCUGUCCUGCAUCACUGACAAAGGGGAAUCACACCGGAAAAUCUGGAUGAACUCUUUCGGGCGAUGCAGGGAUCGAACACCUACAUGUAACCUCCAGACUAGCGAGCCGGCGUCUUACCCACUUAAUCACUCCCGCUACAUAAUGAAGUGAAAUUGGGUUUAACAUCCUUCUGUUGUGCACCGACUAGGCUAAUGAAGAUGGGCAUAUGCAAUACAGUGUGCUACAAGGGAAAUUUUGCCCCGACAGUAGCGCUACAGCCUACUCUUAUAUAUUGAAUUCCAACUGCCAAGGGAUCUUUUACAUGCACGCCAAUGUGUACAUGGGACCUUGGUUUUUUAUGCCAUCCGAAAGACUAGACAGCUGUAGUUUUUGUCACACCCUCCGUCCUACGGACAAGGGGAAACCACCUGGAUAAAAUCCUGAGGAACUGUCUCCGCCAAUACCGAGAAUGAACCAGCGACCUCCAGGCUAGCGAACCAGUGCCUUACUCACUUAGCCACUGUUGUUCCAGGCUACUUAUUGAUCUUGGUUCACUUGGUUAGUCAUUAGAAGUAGACAGCAAUUAAUUUGUCAGUCGAUUUAAAUAACUAAACUGGGUGGUCUGUUAAGUUUCUUUUACUAUUGUUUAAAUGACUUAAUCCUUCAAUAAUUAUAUGUUUAUGUCAAUACUUUCAUAGUAACUAAUUUAUAUAAAAAGAAAAAUGUAUGUAAGAUGAAUUAUAGUUGGAGAGACCAGCUGAGGGAACCUAUAUACCAGUUGGAGGACCAAUUUAUAGGAAGUUAUAAGUUGUUUACUUGUUGCUGUUAUUUAUUUGCUCUUGAAAUAAAGUGUUGAAGAUCUAUUCGAAAAAUCUGUAUUCAUUUCCGAUACUUAGAGAACACACUCGACCAGAUACAUUUCCUGAAA